UUAUAAGCAGUUGAUAAACAUGUAGCAGGCACAUUUUGAUUGAGAAUCUUCCUACAGACACUAGCGACAACAUGAACAGCACGAGUGCGAAAUCUCUGCGAACACUCACAUUGAUUUCUGGUUUAUUGUUGGCAUUGCAGCAUGUCAACGCAUUUCCUCACGGCAUCAAAACUUCCGCCGAGGAGGAAGAAACAGCAGCAAGUGUUGUUGAAUUUAAACCUAGUAAUCUCGUAAAUUCACUAUCCAAAGUUACAAAAGCAACUGACAUUGAAAUAGCAAACACAACAGAAGUAGAAAAUGAAGAGUCAAGUGAAACUGAUUCCUCCGAAGAAUUCUUUUAUCUUCCAGAGGUGUAUAAUACACCAACUUAUCGCUUACAAAUCAGGUACUUUAGACUCACACAAGCCUACGUAAACAAACUCUUAACUGAAGGACGGGAUUUUCUUGAGAACGUAUUGAAAGCAAUGAAUGCCUUACCGCAUAAGACUGCCGGCAUUGAGGCGUAUAUAACACGUAUAUCUGAUAUAUUGAAGCGCAUCAAGAACCAAGAUUUAACAAAGAAUGAUGCAAAGACUGAGAAGGAUGAUAUUAUCUAUGAUUUCACAGAGCUGUACGGCGAUUUCGAGACGGUUUUAAACAACGACAUGCCUAAAGAUGAAGCCGACUUGCUGACAGAAGUCUUCGAAAAAUAUGAUUUGGUUGGCUAUAAUGAACGAUUGGAUGUUUUUCUGAAAGAUACGGCCAACAAAAUAACGAAGGUGGCGAAUAAAUUCUUUAACAAACUAAAUGAAGAGGAGAAACAAAAAUAUGCCGAAUUAAUCAAAUGGUAUGAGGAUUUCAAACAGUCGAAAACCGAUCUAGACAAAUAUAAUGAUGCUGUGAGUUUGAUACAAUAUCUACUGACACAUCGCUUUUGAUAAAUCGUUCUGAAAGUACUGUGAAAUAUUAAAUUUAAAAAUUAAAUAAAAUUGUUUAAAAGAUAAACAAAUAUACAA